ACUGUUUGCUCUGAACGGGGCAGAAGCUGAUGGUGACAUUCACCGAGCAGGCCUUCCGUGGAUCUAGGACCCUCAACCGGAUCUAUCACGGAGAGGAAAUGAGGCCAUCCAGGACCUGGGCUUGGCGGUCACCGGCAGAGCUCUUUCUUCUCUGUGCUGCCCUGGGUUGUCUCAGUCUGCCUGGCUCCAGAGGUGAAAGGCCACACUCCCUUGAGUCAAACGCAGUCAACAAGAGCCUUGUGAAGAGCAGACAGACGCGGAGUGUGGAUGUCACCGUCAUGCCUAUUGAUUGUGAAUUGUCCAGCUGGUCCUCCUGGACCACAUGUGAUCCCUGUCAGAAGAAAAGGUACAGACAUGCCUACCUGCUCCGGCCCUCUCAGUUCUACGGGGAACCGUGCAACUUCUCUGACAAGGAAGUAGAAGCCUGUGUUACCAACACACCAUGCAGAAGUCAAGUGCGAUGUGAAGGCUUUGUGUGUGCACAGACAGGGAGGUGCGUUAACCGCAGGCUUCUUUGCAAUGGGGACAAUGACUGUGGAGACCAAUCAGAUGAGGCCAACUGUAGAAGAAUUUAUAAAAAAUGUCAGCAAGAAAUGGAACAAUACUGGGCAAUUGGGACUCUGGCCAGUGGGUUAAAUAUGUUUACAAACCGUAUGGAGGGUCCAAUUCUAGAUCAUAGGUAUUAUGCUGGUGGAUGCUCCCCCCAUUACAUCCUGAACACGAAGUUUAGGAAGCCAUAUAAUGUGGAAAGCUACACCCCACAGACCCAAGGCAAAUAUGAAUUUGCACUGACAGAAUAUGAAUCAUACUCAGAUUUUGAAAGUAAUGUCAUGGAGAAAACAUCUAGCAUGUCUAGUUUCAGCUUUGGUUUUAAAAUACCUGGAAUAUUUGAAAUUGGCCUUGACUCAGCAAGUUCUAAUGGCAGAGAAUUUAUUAGACGAAUCAAACGAUUCUCUCACACUAAAAGCGUAUUUCUGCACGCGCGCUCUGACCUUGAAGUAGCGCGUUACAAGCUGAAACCCAGAGGCCUCAUGCUCCAUUACGAGUUCCUUCAGAGAGUCAAGCAGCUGCCGCUGGAGUACAGCUACGGGGAGUACAGAGAUCUCUUCCGUGAUUUUGGGACCCAUUACAUCACAGAGGCCGUGCUUGGGGGCAUUUAUGAAUACACGCUCGUCAUAAACAAAGAGGCCAUGGAGAAAGCAGAUUUCACUCUUAACCAUAUCCAGGCCUGUGCCAAAAAUAAUUUUAAAAUUGGUGCUGCCAUCGAAGAGAUCUACAUCAAGCUGGGUGUGUCGAAGGGUUCGUGCCAAGCGAUUCUGAGGGAAAUAGAUGAAAGAAAAAAGAGAAACACUAUGGUGGAGGAUUUGGUGGUGCUCGUACGAGGAGGGGCAAGUGAGCACAUCACUGCCCUGGCGUACAAGGAUCUGCCAACAGCAGAACUGAUGCAGGAGUGGGGAGAUGCAGUGCAGUACAACCCGGACAUCAUCAAAGUGAAGGCAGAGCCUCUGUAUGAACUGGUGACGGCCACAGACUUUGCAUAUUCCAGCACAGUGAGGCAGAACAUGAAGCAGGCCCUGGUGGAGUUCCAGAAAGAAGUCAGCUCUUGCCUCUGUGCUCCCUGCCAAGGGAAUGGAGUCCCUGUCCUGAAAGAAUCACGCUGCGACUGCAUCUGUCCCCCUGGAUUCCAAGGCCCAGCCUGUGAGGUCACCUAUCGGAACAAUGUCCCUGUCGAUGGGAAAUGGAAUUGCUGGUCAGACUGGUCUUCGUGCUCUGGGGGACAAAAAACAAGACAAAGGCAGUGCAACAACCCACCUCCUCAAAAUGGGGGCAGCCCUUGCUUGGGUCCUGCUUCAGAAAUGCUAAACUGUUAGGGAAGAGAGUUCUAGCAGAUGCUGCAGCUGAGGCUGCACACAGCAAGACCUCUGAGCCCACUGGGACUCAGGCCCAGCUCACACACACAUCAGCUUCCCACCUGGGGCCCGCCUGAAGGCAGAGGACACUGCCAACAGGAUGUUUAAAAUAAGAACGUUGAUUUUAAAAACACAUGAUGAUUUGAAUAAAUAGUGAGUUAAAAUUAUAGAUUCUUUAAGAGUUAAAGCAUUUUUGUAAUCCCUAUUUUGCUCAGCUCUACAAUUUUAUUUCUACAAUUUUAUUUCACUCACUUUAAUAUCAGCCAGGAACCAUGUCAGGAGUUGCUCACACUUUAUUCCCACUAUCUAGAAGGGAUGUGCACAUAGGAGGUACCCAAUAAUGAAUCAAUGAAUAGAUAUUGUUUCCUCUCUGGACGAGUACACAGUCUCAUUCAAUAAAAACGGUGGUUAUUUAUUGAAUAAUUACUAUGUGCCAGUCACUGUGCUACGUAUAUAAUUCAUUUAAUCCUCUUGACCAUCUUAUACGACAGAUGCUAUUUUUAGCUCUAUUAAACCACUGGGGAAACUGAGGCUUAGUUCAGUUAAGUGACUUGGCCAAGGCUACAUGGCUGGGAAGUGGCAGAGCAGCAAACCUAGGCACUCAGGCUCCACGGUUUUAAACUCUUACCCAUGAUGCUCUCCUACCUCUCAAUAGAAGGGAAUCUGGUUAACAAGGAAUUUUUCAUGAAAUAAAAAUACUGUGUGUGUA